ACACCCUUUUUGAACUUCAGUAUUAACACAAAGAUGAUGAAGCCAUACACAUACUUCAUUUUUAUGCUUUCUUGUUCACUAAUCAUUUCUUUGCUGGUUGCUGCUGAAGCACAAAAUGGGCCCAUAGCCGUUGAAAAUUGGUUCUCCAAACUUCCUAAUGCAAAGGAAAAGUUGACCAAACUUCACUUCUACUUCCACGACAUUGUGAGUGGCAAGAAGCCCACCGCCGUUCCGGUGGCUCGGGCCAACUCCACCUUCGCCUCGCCCACCUACUUCGGGCUGGUCUCGGUUAUAGACAACCCACUCACGGCUGGGCCGCGUCCCAAGUCCCAGAUUGUGGGUCGAGCCCAAGGGAUCACCGGCUACUCCUCCUUCAAGGAGUUGUCCCUACUUAUGACUCUAAAUCUCGUGUUUACCUCAGGUGAGUACAAUGGAAGCACGCUUACUGUUGUUGGCUAUAACCCAUUUACUCAGCAAUAUCGUGAGAUGCCGAUAGUCGGUGGCUCUGGUGUUUUCCGGCUGGCACGAGGCCUCGCCACCGCCCAAACCGCUAAGUUUAAUCGGAGAACGGGGAAUGCGGUGGUUGAGUACAAUGUCAUGGUGCUUCAUUAUUGAUGUCCCACUCCUCAUUUCUUCCUUGUUGCUUUCUUUUUCUUUUGUUUUCUUCUUUUUUUUUUGAGUGAACUCAUACUUAUUUACAGUGAUUUCAAAUAAUUGCCUGCUUUAUGUGAUGCAGCUUUUGGAGAAAUAAAUGGAAGUGAAGCAUAUUUGUUAAAAUUA